AUGUUGGACAACAGCCAAGUACAAACCACACUGGAACUGGGUGCCUAUGGCACCAUAAGAGCUCGCUCAGAUGAGCGCGGUGUGGACAGUCCACCGCGUUGUUGUGAUACAGUUACUCCGGUCACGGUUUGCCCUGUGGAUUUACCACCACAUCGAAACGCAUGUAUCCAAGUAAAAAUAUCAUUUAGAUUAAACCUACGGGAGAGUUCGGAACGACAGCUCCGUCCGGUGAUAGUAAUCUCUUCACAUUCCGUUUCGUGUGGCCUAUCAAGCGUGAAUCUCCACCGGACUGCUGUCGGCCAGACUGGAGCGUUGACAAGUCGUCCUGUCGGUGGUGGGGUGCCGUCCAGCUACUCAAGCAACUCCUAA